AUGCCGACGCGUAUAAUCGCUCUCCCGGACUUGCGGGGGACGCUUUCGCGUACACGCGUGCUUUUUUCGGGAGAAGACGCAGACUCUGGAGGGGGACGCGCGUCAGAGGACCAAGUGAUAUUUUCUCCUCUUUUUUUUUCUCCGUUUUUGGGCUGAAUCGCGAGCGAGAGAGCGAGACGUCUCUAUUCUCUAUUUCGCGCUGACGCUGGCGGACGAUUGGGUUAAUGACACCUCUUGGAGGCCAGAAUCAAUACCUCAUUGCGCGGGGGUCGUUACGUAACUGUUUGUCUUUGAUAGAGCUUUCGGGAGCUUUUUUCCCUCAACGCUCGCGGACCGUUGGUACAAGCGCCCGCGCGCGCAGUGUUUGAUCGCGUGUCUGUGUUGGGAUAGUCGGACGCGUUCACUCUGUGUAAGUAAAGGUCAGGGCAGUUUUUAAAGCCUCCUCGGCCCGCGCUGCAAGAUCAUGGACGUGCUACUGCUGCGCGCUUAUUGAUUUUUCGGAGCGCUCUUUUUUUAGCCGCCUUAGUCCCCCGCUUAUCCGACUCGCACAUACGCGCGAUGUUCCAUCGAUCGACUGGUUAUACACAAAACUCGUCAAUUAUAAAUAAUUGAUACGUGCGCGCACUGCCUGGGUAUUAAUAUGAUCGGGAACGAUGUCGCGUUAUACGGCUCGGUUUAUGAUUUUACAUCAGCGCCGCGUAAGAGUAACAGCGAGUGCACACGUGUAGCCAACGCGUGCGCGCGAGCUUUGUGCUUAACGCAUAAUUAAACCGAAAAAUAAAUUUCGCCCGUCGUUAUUUCCCCUCGUUAAUUCCGUCCGUUCGACAGUCGAAGAAUUAAUUCUCCGGCCGUUUGAUUUACCGGCCUCGGAGCGCUUAUUUGUUGUUCCCGAUUAUUGUACGGGAAAAAAUUCGUCGAGAAGCUAUACGGGGAAAAAAUUGAUUUUUCACGAAAACUCAAGCAGUAUAACUGCCGCUAGCACGCGCGGACGCAGCGUCCGCGGAGACUCUUCUCUCUCUCGUCGUCGUCGUCGUCCCCCUCCCGAUGUCUUUUAUCGGCACUGGCGGCCGGAGCCGGCAAUUUUUUAUGCGGCCUUUCAGAGAAGAAAAGCGAGCCCUCGUGUCCGUGUCCCUCCCUCCCCCCACGUCUCGUCGUCGAAAAGCCCCCGUGUAAUGCGUACGCGGCUCGGCGUAGCUUCUUUUCUUCUUCUUCUACUUCCACCGCAACUCGUUCUCCGAUCGAGAGGCGGGUGUAUCAUCUGGCUCUGAUGGCCGUGAGUAAGCGGUAUUCUUUUUCCCGGAGUUAGCACUUGGCGCUAUUUUACCGAGCUAUAAAUCACGGCCUGGGAGAGUCAUAGAAUUAUUAAUAGAUCGCGCGCGCGCGUGAAUCGCGACACGAGCCGGGAUUUUUAGCUGCAGCUUCUGAUUAACGAUGCUUUUUUUUCUUCGCAAAACGAGUUACGCUGCAGCGAGGAGACGAAAACCGCGCGGGUAUUCAAAGAGCCUAUUGAAAACAGGCGGCUCGAGUGAAAAGAACGUUUCGGGUUUCUUCCUUUUCACCCCCCCCCCUUCCAGCAGCCAUAAUAGUCUUGUGCUCGGUGAAAAAGGAAGCCCGGCUUCGCUCCCCCUGCGGUCGGGCGGUGAAAAGCCAGGCCUCCUCGGGCCAAUCGUGUAUCGGGCGAAAAUCGCGUUCCACGCGAAAACUCGCCGGUGAAUAAAAAGUGAAGAGAAAGAGAGAGAGCUCUCGAGCUCAGAGCCAAGUUCGCUCGGACGCUUUAUAUAGUAGCCGGAAAAAGCACAUACAUACACGGAGCGACAAAGAAAACGCAACGUAGUCGUAACUUUUGCGUGAAAGGAUCCUUAUCUCGAGACGGCUACGUAUACGCCGGUCCGCCCAGCAGCCGGCCUGUCAGCCGUAAUUUAUACCAGCGCGUUUACGUGUUUGCGGCGGUGAAAUCAAUUUUUUUUCCCGUUAUUCGGUUGGAUUUCGAAAAAAAAAAGAAGAAGAGCAACUCGACUCGAGGCGUUUCCGAAAAGGCCGUAAAUUUCGAGCCAAAACUCGGACAAAAGCGAGUCAACUUUCCCUUCGCGCGCAAAACAAUCGCAAAAAGUCCCGCGCAUUGUCCGCGUCAUGCAGAAACUCUCGCGGACUUGGCUCCUUUCCCUCACUCUCUCUCUCUCUUUUCUACUUCUUGAUGACCCCAAUUUACGACGCGGCUUAUACGCCCCCCCCGCGCGCGCGUGUGUAUGUGAAACUACUGCUCUCCCGCGCGCAGGAACUCGAAAAUAACUCGGGAGAAAAUCCGAGAAACAGGCGCCGCGGCUGAUCCCCUGCUACUGCUGCUUCUCGCUCCGACGCAGUCCUUCCUUCCUUCCUCUGUUUUUCCUCGGAGAGCGCGAAUCAGCGGAAUUACUUCUUCUUCCGCUCUUCCUCCCAUGCAGAUGGAUUUCGGAUAGCUCCUGAGAUUUCUCCUCUUUUAGCUUCGCUCUGCUUUGGAAGAGUCGUAAAAACCGGAUCACUUGUUGUCUAAUAUAAGGAGACUCGGUCUCUCUCGAGCUAGCUAUUCUGAUUUAUCGCUUUGCUGCCUUCCAAUUCCUCACGGCGUGCAGUCGCUGACCCCCGGAUGCUCUAGAAGCCGCGGCUAGAGGAUUGUUCGGGAGGGAUGAGCCGUCGUUAUACGGAGCGUAACACGCGGCGGAUUCGAGCUGCUGGGAAAAUUACUUUUCAAUUUGCCCUCUUUCUUUCUCUCUCUCUGUUGCAGGAAGUGCUGAGAGUGCGCGGUGAGAGAGAGAGAGAGAGAGAGACAGAGACAAGGAAUCUCAAGGUGCAGCGGGAUCGCGAUAGCUUGUGCGUUUGAGGAUCAGCGCCACACUAGAUCAUCUCCGAGAGGCAAUUGGAAACAGCUCGGAUGAAGAUGGCACGAGUCUUCGGCAUGAGAGGUUCAUGCUGGAUCCUUUACAGCGGUAUCCUCGUCGCGCUGCUGACGCCGGGGCUGUCCUGCCGGCAGAGCGAGUUCCAGUGCUCCAACGGCCGCUGCAUCGGUCUUAAUAAGGUCUGCAAUCUCGUCGACGAUUGCGGCGAUAAAAGCGAUGAACAACAGCAGUGCUCGCCCUGCAACAGAACGUACUACGGGGACGUCGGCAAGACUUACGACCUCGAGCUGCAUCGUCCGAAGGAAGACAAGGUGCCUUACAUCUGCAGGCUCACGUUCAGCGCACCCGGCGGCGAUCUCGGCGAUAUUGUUCAGCUGACGUUCGACAGCUUCACGCUCGGGAAAUUCGUGUCGUUCACGGCGGCAGGCUGCCCGGACGGCUCGCUCCAGAUAUCGGAGGCGAAUCGGCCGGACGUCGGGGGCCACUGGUGCGGAUCGUCCCGGGGACCAGCCAUCUACUACAGCGAGACCUCGGCCGUCUCGAUAACGCUGCGGCUCCUCAGGCUCAGCAAGGACCAGACGGGAUUCAAUUUCGACUUUCGCAUGGCCUACAAGAUGAUCCGGCGCUCAGACGCCGUCGUGCGCUAUCAGAAUCCCUUCGUCGGCGUGACCGAGCCCACGACUCCAGCGAGCAGCAGCCGUCCUACGACAUCUCCGAGCUCGAACUUCACGACCGCGUCCAACGACAGCAGCAGCAGCGGCAGCGGCACCACAUCAAAAGCGUCCAAGGCCUCGGGCAAGUUGGGCAAGACGACGCCGAUGCCGACGACGAGUAGGAUGACGCCGACGCCGCGCACACCGCCCACGGCGCAGAUCGAGCCGACUACGAGGAAGCCCAGCCCCGAGCAGUACUUGGGCGAGCUCAUAUCCGGCACCUACUGCUCCAAGACCUUCAGCGACUGCGACAAGAAGCGCUGCCGACUGCAGUCGCCCAACUUUCCCGGACUCUAUCCGAGGAAUCUCACCUGCUACUACGCGAUUCGGCAGCACGAAGUGCCCGAGGGCAAGCAUCCUUUAAUAUCGGUGAGGCAGCCCCGGGGUCAGUUGAUCGCGGUGCGAUCGAAGCCGCCCACUCAAGGCGAGCCGCCUCCCCGGGAGCUCCGGCUCUGGAACGACUGCGACCUCGUCAAGGACCACGUGACCAUCUACGACGGCUACAACACGAUGGAGCCGGUGAUACUGAAGUUCUGCGGGGGCGGCGAGCCGCUGCCGGAGGUCGUCAGCAGCGGCAAGGACCUUCUGGUGGUGUUCACGACCUCGCCGUACGGCACCUUCCUGCACCCGUCGCCGCCGCACUCGCUCCACGGCUUCCAGCUGGACGUGCAGGUCAAGUUCGUCGACGCCAACUCGUCGACGUACGUGAAGAGCAAGCGCUGCGAGUUCUGGCUGCGCGGCAACACCGGCGGCGUGCUCACCUCGCCGCGGCACUCGCUGCCCCGGAACAGCACCUGCCUCUACCACCUGCGCGGCGAGGGCAGCAGCUUCCCGACUCCGACCUCGCCGCGGCCCAUACCCAAGUUCCCGACCAAGGCCGACAUCAAGUGGGGCCGGCAGCAGCCGGUGCUGCCGCAGCCGCAGUUCCGCGUCUGGCUCUCGAUCCUCAAGUUCCACGUGGGCGCCUACCCCAGCCCCGCCGCCGACGACGAGUGCUCCACCACGCUCAAGGUCUGGGACGGCGAGAUGAUGCCGCUCGCCGCCGCCGAGUGCAACGACAUCUCCUGCGAGAAGGACGAGAAGGCGGCGCUGCAGGGCUCCCAGCUGCUGGCGGGCAGCAGCAAGUCCGGCAAAUCGGGCAAGUCCAGCGUGCAGGCGGCCAGUCGGCUGGCGAGCAACACGACCCUCCUGGCGCGCUACUGCAAGGACAAGGUGCCGCGGAGCUGCGACCACGCGAUCUUCCAGAACAGCAGCCGUCCCUGCUCGCUGGGGGAGAGCUUCGUCUCGACCGGCAGCAGUCUCACCAUCGAGAUCCUCGUCAGCGAGACGACCGCCCUCAGGCCGCUGGACUUUCGCGCCCUGUUCGAGUUCGUCGACCUCUACCAGGACGGCGACCCCUACGGCAACGCGGCCUGCUCGAGGGUCUUCUACAGCAGGAAUCGAGACAGCUAUCCGGACAGGACGUUUCGCGCGCCCAGGGAUAUCUUCCUCUACGGAAGGGGUGGGGCGAAGAAUUUGAGCUGCGUGUACCGGUUCGAGGGCGAGCACGACGAGGUGGUGAGGCUGCGGUUCAACAAGCUGCUCAACGGCAACCGCUCCUGCCGCAGCGUUUCCAGUUCCGAUUUCAAUCGACUCCUCUGCGUCGGCUCGACCGGCUUCUCUUUGAAGGUUAUGGAGUUGCCGUGGGCCAACGCGCCGCCGAUCCAGCGGGACUGCUUCUGCUCGAACCGCUCGCUGCCGAUGAGCUUCAAGUCCAAGUCGAACAUCGUCGAGGUCCACCUGAACGUCCACUCGAUGAACGCCCUCGACGACUACAACAACAUCUUCUUCGAGGCCUCCUGGGACUUCCUCAAGGCGACGCAGUGCCUGCAGAAGCGCCGGAUGCGCGGACCCUCCGGCGAGAUCAAGAACCGCUUCCCCCUCGAGGACGAGGACGAGAAGUACUGCGAGCGCAACCCCUGGCUGAUCGAGCCGGGCCCGGACCAGUACCUCUACGUCAAGGUGCCCGGCAUGAAGGCAUCGAACCGUACCAAGUGCGAGACGAAGAACCGCAUCGUGGUGCACACCGCCGGCGAGCUGUACGCGUCCGUCUGCCCGAGGCCGGGCCCGGACGCGCGGCACACCGUCGUCGAGGUCUUCAGCGACGGCUGGACCGUCAGCGACCGGGCGAUGAUGGUCGCGGCCGGCCGGGACGCCGCGCGCAGCAUCGCCGUCGAGUACAUCAUCCGGCAGGACGAGGAGGAGGAGGAGUACGGCGUCACGUGGCUCGAGCUCACCCGAAGACCGUCGUACUCGUCGGCGCUGGCCGGCUACCGGCUGGAGCACGACUGCGAGAACCGCUGCCCGGAGCUGGACGCCUGCAUCAACGCGACGCUCUGGUGCGACGGCGUGAGCCACUGCCCGACGGGCUACGACGAGGCGCUGGGCCACUGCUCGAUCCUGCUGCGGCUGCCGCCGCUUCACCUGGGCCUCGGCGCCAUCGCCUUCAUCUCGAUCGGCGGGCUGCUCUGCAUCGUCUCAUGGCGGGCCUGUCGACCAGGUCACGGCGGCCGCUCCAUCUCCCAGCACCGGCUCAAGAGCAUCUCCUCCGAGACGGCCAUCAUCGACGGCAAGGAGGUCAUCUGCUGACACAGCGAGAGUUCUGUGCGUUACGUCGAGAUCGACCGCGUCACCACCGUGUGACGAUCGUCGCUCGCUAAUCAUCCUGCAGCUAGCUCGAUCGGCGACGCUCGCGCGGGUACCAGGGCUUUGUAAAUCCGCGCUGAGGCUGGCCGAGGCGGUCGAGCGAAGAGGAUCUAACAGCUGCUACGUAACGUACAGAACUCGCAUAAGACGAUAUGCGCAAGUGGGAGGAGGAGUACACACCUUGUUAUCGGUUGACAAUGAUUUUACGCGGAUGUCUCUGAAUUGUUAUGGCCGGAAUAGCCGAGUGUGUGGGCUUGAUUUUUUAAACGUUCCGUUGUGUACUCGUAAGUUUUAUCCGCGAGGUGAACGCAAAGAUGGAUACCUUCUCUUAUUCGUCUCGACGAUCCGCAGUUUUGUCAAAUCCUACGUAUCGAGUGCGAUAUACUUUGCGUAUGUGUAAAAAUCGAACGGCAUCUCUCUCUCUCUCUCUCUCUCUCUCUCUCUCUCUCUCUCUCUCUCUCUCUCUCUCUAUCUAUCUAUCUAUCUCUCUAUCUCUCGUUCUCUAUCUCUAACUGAAAGUUGUUUGAAUUAGGUAUCCAACUUUCGAUUUAGGAAAUUAAGCUCUAGAUCACUUACUGAUGUGUACGACCAAACGAUAUAACUUUGAUUCCGAAGCGCGUGUAUAUCUCUCGUACCACUUCGGAACGCGCGACGCAAACACUCCUAUAUAUAUACAUAACAAAUAAGAAUGUACGGUAAUAGUGUAAAAUUAUUGGUAGAUGAAAAAUGACGUAAAUAUAGGUAGUCAGAACUUAUGUGAUAUAACUAAUGAAGUGACGAUUGACAAUUGAUGAAUAUUAUUGAAUAUUCAAGAUGAUACACGCUGUUUUUCUCGCGGAGCUGUGCUCCGGAACUGUUGGUCCGCCGGUUGUACGCGAGUCGAUGUAUUAUAUGCAUUCACCAUUACACACCUGCACGAAUAUAUAACACCAUCGACGUCUCGUACGAUCAGGCUCGUGCGUCUUGUUAAUAAUUGUAUAUAAUUCAAUGUACUCUGUUUGUAAUAACGAUACAUACGCGAGGCGACCAUGGCACAUCCGUUCUUUUUUUCCGCGAUAAUAUAACGAAGGAUUAAAUCAAACAGAGUAGUCUUACGAGCCAGAGGACGCGAAGCUCGUGCAUAACGUGGUCGCUUCUGAACUACUAGUCUUUAAGCGUUGAGCGUCUUCGAAACCUGUUCGAGUGAGCGCGAAGGGGAGGAAUCGAGAAGACUAUACACUUACUUGAAGGAUUUUGAGCUGCAAGAGGUGUUGAUGAGCGUCGUUGUAUCCCGCCGCGACAGACAGGGGCACUCCUAUAAUCAUAACCAAAGCCAAGCCGUCAAAAUCUCUGUCAUUUGGUGAAAUGAAAUGAGCAAUAACGAGGUGAGCGCGAGCGAGAUGGCUCGCGCGGUAUUUACACGUAUAUCAUUACUUCUAAAUUAAGAUAUUAUCGGCGGAUUCUUAGAAGUGCUCGUGUCUGCGAGUAUCAGUCGAAACGUGCGUAGAUAGUAGUGACCAGAUGCGAAGAAGGGGCCGAAAGAGUCAGCUAGCCAGAAACACCGCCAACGUAACACACACACAGUGCAUGCGCAAGUUGACGAAUCUUUAGCUAUACUGACGGAGCUUGCGGAGAACAAUAGCGAUUUGCUUUUACAAACACAAAGUUCACGAGACUCAUAAAUCAUACGACAUUGAAAGAACACCAAAAAGUAAUCAUCGUCGGUGUAAUACACACUAUGUAGUAAACGUCUAAUUAAAAAUCAACUGUCGGGAUGUAGAGAGACAAUCUUCGAGAAGGCAAAGUUAUACAAAAAAAGAAGGCUAAGGCAAGGAAGCACAAUUACGCUACUUUUACGGGGGCAUAAUUGAGUUCACGGUAUAAUUAAGUAACCUUAUAUCUUCCUCGCGCCGACCGAAACUUUAGAGUUUACAUUUUACGUUAUACGCGCUCCUACUUCAUUCCUCGAGAGUCCGGAAUUUAAUUUUAGGGACCAAGACAUGUUUUACAAGACUAAUUAACGUAUAAGUGCCAAAUUUCUCCUUCGAUUAUUCACCGCGAAAAAUUUUCUCGACGAUUCGUUCGAACUAUCGUUUAAGCGAAGAAAAACUGAAAAUUCGAUAUCGUCCAUAAUUUUUAAGAAUUCGGCUCGCGUAACGUAAAAAUCAGCAAAGCCGAAAAAGGCACAUGCGAAAGAGGAGAGGUCGGGUGAUUGAAGCGCGAGAAACUCGCUCGAGUUGGCAACCCUCUCGGUCAGCGCGCGCAUUAUAACGCGGAAAAAAUUUCGAAUUCCGAGCUCAAACUUUAUUCCCGGCUUUCGAUAUUAUAUUCGCCAGGCUUAUACACACACGAGAGGCUCGUAUACUAAUGGAAGCUCUUACCCGUCAACGAGUGCACUCAGUUUCUCAAAUAGUCGCAAACGCUCGUUUCACGCGGAUGUAAAGUACUUUCAUAGCGAAAAACGAUCGCGAUUUUUUCGCGUUAAAAACUGGAAGAAAAAUACCGGGUGUCCUGAAUCCUUAAAGCCGAGCUCUUCCAGCAUUGCGCAUAACAACGGCUCGUCGAGCUUUAACCUGUCCUCGUUUGCCCGGGCCGGCCGCGCGAGUAAUUUUCUCGCGAUAUUUCUCGCUUCGGCAUUGUUGCGCAGCUCUCUCUCUUUCUCUCGCCUCCUGAACAUAUACAUGCGCGUCAGCACAAUGCAGCAAAAAAAGGGCGAGAUUGUAAAAAAAGGGGCGCUGAACGAGCAGCUCCAAAUCAUCCUGGAACGCGCGCCAGUGUCACGUUUCGUCGCUAACUAACGAGCCUUCGCAAAAGCUAUUCAGAGAAAAAAGCCGGAAAAGGGGAGCGAAAUCCGCGAAAGCUGCGCAACUUUGCGCAAGCUCUUGGUCUAUCUCUCGUUGCGCGUGUAAUUUAAUAAACACGCGCGUGCGGCGGUGUACACGGACUCGCUGUAAUUAGACACUCGAGGAAGACCGAACGUUUGGCGCGAUUGGAUCCAGGCGAUGUUUCUUCUACUUUUCUUUCGAUUCGAGCUUUGAACUCGAUUUUUUUCCACUACCGAUGGUUUAUUGCCGAAGUUGGCUACGCGGUUUGCUUCGAGAAGCCUUUGUGGAAGUUGGCCGAGACGACUGUACAAGAAAAUCGCUGCAAUGAAAUAACUGAACGGUUCUGUUUCUACGUGCACUGCAACGCCACUGGCCUGGAUUCUUUGUAACUGACCGACAAAACACGAGAUAUUACUGAAAGUUCGAUAAAAGAAUGUAACCACUGCAGUCAAUGUUUUUCGUGAUUGCAAUAUCUUGAAUUUUCUUGGCAAUUCGAGUUUUUUUUCACGUGAAGCCAGUAAAAAAGUUCAGAAACAAAAGUUUCGAUUUGCCAGAGUAAUAUAAACGCGACUUUCCAUUGAAAUCACAUUUCACCUUCUAAUGAUCUCCUCAUUCUAAACGGAAAAGCGAACAAUAAUACUUUGCCUCGUGCUACAUAAACUGCAGCGUACAAAAUAAACAAACAAUAAACGUGCAUUUCUGCAUCGCGCACUUUUUUGGCAUUAACAUAUACUCAAGGCGACUCGAUCGCGCGUAAGCACACGAAGCUUGACCUUGAACCUGGGUCGAGCACAACAACAGAAUCAUAAUUAUAAACUUACGUGCUUAGGCGGUAGCAAUGGUUACUAUUGCAUUCGUAGAGACAGCUGAUGUGUGGAUUAGAGCUAGGACAUGUACAUGGCGAUAAUGAAGCAUCAGUUUUUCGACAUGUAAAUACACACACACACACACACACUCGCACGUAUACAGUAUACUUUGUGAAACGGUAUUACGUGCUUGGAUGCUGUUGGGCAUUUGCAAAUUUUGACGGACCGAUUUUGCUAGUCACUGUCAAGGUCUAUAAGCGAUGGAUAAUCAAAAGUCGUUGUCGAAGUUGUAAAUUAGACUAUUAAAACAAUUAUACCUGUACAGUUAAAAGAUAAAGAGGUUGUAGAGUGAGAGUAACCUUGAUAUAAAUGCUCGACUAUGUAUUGGUUUUGUUUUUAUCAGAUGGGCGACACAAUCAAAACGAUGUAUUUUACACACCAGCAAAUUAUUUUAAAAAAUAAUUAGAAGAUGAUAUUUUUUCAAAGACCACGAUUCGAGAACAAAGCUCGUUUUAUUGAGCAAAAAUGUGACAAGACAAGAGCGGUUCGUAAAAAUUUUCAAAAUUCCCAUGUCGGUGUUUGGAAAAGUGUAUCGGGUUGGAAAAGCGAAAAAGUAAACUAUAUUUGGACUCGACGGUUACCGACCGCUGUGCGUUUUAUUGCAAUUGUAAAGUUGUAAAGCAUAUCUAGUACGAGUGUGAAUCAGUGAUUCUCCUUUGACUUUCUAGUAGAGAAUAUUUUAUUUCUUUGAUUCUCUUCGCGAUGUGCAAGUGUUCAAGUGUUCAAGUGUUCAAAGUGAAUGUCUACUUUGAUAAAAAUACGAAAAACUUAUACUGCCGUUUCAAUAGUAGCGAAAUUGUUUGCAUACAUUAGAGGCUCCCACUUCAACACGCGCUCGGUUUAAAAAUAAGCAUAAUGUUCAGAGAAACAGGAAAUGUCGAAAAUGUAAAGGAUGCGCAAAUAUUGCGAGGCUCCUUUUACUGCCCUAUCUAAUUGAAAUUGAUGUUGAGCUCGGAGAAUUGAACUCGACGUGUUUCCGUCACGAACAGCACGAGCGAACUGAUAAAAUGCAUUCAAAUAUCUUGUAAUAUUGAGGAAUUAGAACUCACUGACUGAUGAUGAAUAGAAGCUGUAGCUCAAUGAGAUGAUCAUUUGUUACGCAAAAAUCAGAUUGGUUCAAUAUAGCGAAUUGCGCGGGUUCCAAACUCUUUCGAAGACUGACGACAGUUCGUCAAAGGAGGUAUAAUAGAUUAUGAAAGAAUACAUUAUACAUAGUUCGAUUUUUCUGUUUCUAAUAAAGUGCGCGGGGGAGAGGCUGAUCAAUGAGUUUCUUGAAGCAAAACAAGAGUACGACCAUUUUGACAGAAAAAUAGAACAACGAAUACUGGGAUGAAUCCGUAAUCGUUACAGGUCAUUGUGGCUACUUUUUAAGUAAAGCUUUUGAAGGUCGCGAAUCAGAUUGACUUUAAGAUAUUUCACGGUCAGCUUGGAAGGUUUAAGAACUUCUAAAACUCAAUGGAUCGAUCGAUAGAUCUAUAAUGUUGAUACACAAUCGACGACGGAAAAAUGCGAGCGACACAAGGUUCUACAUAAUAGCUGCUUAUUAUAUGAUAAAUUAACUUGUACAAGUGCGAGACUAUGGUGGAUCGUGUCGAGAUAGUCAGGAGAUAGCUGACAAUAACACACAGGCACAUACAUGCGCGCACAUACACUUAAAUAUAUAUUUAAAAAAAAGGAAAACAUGACGAUAAUGCUAAAACCUCGUUUCGAAAAAUAUAUAUAAGUAUAUAGAAGUAAAACGAUUGCGCAGAGUCGAGCACGGAAGCGGAAAAUUUUAAAACGUUCGAUUCGAGUUUAGACACAAAAAAUACACACGUAUGCAUACGAGAAGAAACGCACAUGCAGCCACGCUUUAGGAUACGCAUAGACACAAAAACUACAAGCGUAUUGUAUGAAUGCGAGCGAUUUUCAGCGAGUCCGGGGUAUUGUCGUUUCGUUUCAGCGCCGAUGGUGGUUCUUUGACUUGAAUGUGCAUUAAAAUAUUUGAGAUUAUUGUUAAAGAUUUUGUAUUAUCGCCCGAUGGAUGCGAUUAUUCGCGAAAACAUGCUUACAAAACAUUUAUAAAGCAGUUCGAUAAAGCGUCUAUUAUCGGAUAAGAUUAUUUGCCACCGCAGGAAAGCAUUUGCUAAUUUGAUCUACUAAUUUGAUAUUCAAUCGAGUGGCGAGAUUAUGAUAAAUCUGAUAUUCUGUUGUCCUAUUGGACUUGACAUUUUCUAUGCACUGUGUAAUCUAGACAUCCCUGAUAUUAUCGCAUUCAUAUUUAUUUUUAUAUCAACUGCAAUUGAUACAAAGAUGAUUAUACAAAUAAAAAAAGCGCAGAUUGAUCAAUAUACAAUAGACACUAUCUUUCUUUUUUUUUAAUGCACAAUCGUAUUUGUAUUGUAAGUUUUGUAUCCGUCUCUUGCAUAACAAAAGUAAAAAUCCAAGUCUUCUACAUUGAGUACAGUUAUUGAGCCCAAUUUUAUGAAGUAAAGGUAUCUUUCACUAUGAAAGAUGAAUAAGAAUAUUGUAUGCAUUGAUCGUUUGUUUUAUGAAGUGACGUUAUAUGUAAGAGUAUAAAAUUUUCGUUGUACGAAGAUUUGGAAAUGGACUGCCGAAAAUAAAAGAGUAUCCCAAGAAACAGAUCACCAUAAUAAAUGCUCACACAACACGCAUAGUUACUAUAUAACACUAUUGACGAUUAUAUAAAUAAACCGUAAUAUAUUGCUGAUUAUCGAUUCGAAUAUCAAGUAUGCAACGUUUUUAAUAAAUUAUUUUGAAGAUUGA